GCGCCUUUUGGACUUUCUCGUUGACGACGACGACGGUACUCUCCUUGCCUGCUGCUGCUCCACUCUCGACUCAGGUGUCAUAUCUAUCUUCAUCAUGCUUUCCCAGAAGGUCGCUCAACAGUCCCUGCGACGGCUCGCCGUCCAGCAGCCCUACGCCAUGCGGUGGGCGGCGAUGAACGCCGCCUCCCCGGCCACCAUUGCGAUGGGAAGGAAUGUCCAGACGAGAUUCACCGCGUCGACCACGAACACCCAAGAUCCCACCAAGAUCCUCGCCCAGCAGCGCCUGAACCGCCCGGUCUCCCCCCACCUGAGCAUCUACAAGCCCCAGAUCACCUGGAUCGGCAGUUCUAUCCACCGUAUCACCGGUCUCGUCAUGUCCGGCCCUCUGUACCUGUUCGCCACGGCUUACCUCGCCUCUCCCCUGCUGGGCUGGCACCUGGAGUCGGCCUCCAUGGCCGCUGCCUUCGGCGCCCUCCCCCUCGCUGCCAAGGUUAUCCUGAAGACCGCCGCUGCUCUCCCUUUCACCUACCACUGCAUGAACGGCGUCCGUCACUUGCUGUGGGAUCUCUGCAUUGGUAUCACUAACCAGCAGGUCAUCAAGUCGGGCUGGACUGUGGUGGGCCUGAGCACAAUCAGUGCCCUUUCUCUUGCGCUUCUGUAUUAAGUUUCAUGUGUCAUACCUUCGAGUGGUGUUCUUUCUUUUACCCCUUUCCUAGUGUUGUUCUUAUAAAAUUGUUCUUCGUGCAGUAUAUUUUACCAGUGUCAAUCAAGGCUGAUCUUUAAAUCUUCCA